AUGGUUGUAGCAAUUGAUCUACCUCAAACUUCCCCGCCGCGGCGUCCCCGCAUUGCCGUUACACUGGGCGACCCGUCCGGCAUCGGGCCAGAGAUAAUCGCUAAGCUCCUCAGCAACCCAGCGAAUCACCAAAGGGCUGAUAUUAUCCUACUAGCGGACAAGACCGAGCUUCAAGCGGCGAUAACAGACGCAGGAGGCGUGCACGUCACCAUCUCCUCAGGAUCCCCUGGGCCGCACGGAACUCAAAUCCUCGACGAUGACAGUGCUGGGCAGUACCCGACAUCUCGGUGUGAGGUUUCUCAAGCGAGCGGGGCUCGUAGCAUCCAUCAACUUAAGAGAGCACUGAAACUAGUUCAGGUCGGCGAUAUUGACGCCAUUGUCUUUGCCCCCUUGAACAAGAGCUCCUUAAAGCUGGCGGGAAUGGCCGAGGAGGACGAGCUUCGGUGGUUCGCGAACCAGCUAGACUAUAAUGGUGUCACUAGCGAGAUCAAUAUUGCCGGGCCACUGUGGACUGCUCGAGUCACAAGCCACAUCGGCAUCGAGGAGGUCGCGCAGCGCAUUACAAAGGAGUCGACGCUCAAAGCUAUUCAGUUAUUGCAUCGCUUGAGGUAUCUCGCUCUUUCCAGUCUUUAUUUACGCAAAGCUAACACCACCAGAUGGGAAUCCGGCCUCUCUUCCCCACGCCUAGCCGUCUGUGCGCUGAACCCCCACAACGGGGAAAACGGGGCUUUCGGCCGUCAAGAGAUAGAGCACAUCCGACCUGCCGUUCUGGCUGCCCGCGAGCUCGGCAUCGAUGUUUCGGGUCCGUUCCCCUGCGACACUAUCUUCCUCAAGCGUGAGCACUUUGACGGCAUUGUGACGAUGUACCACGAUCAAGGUCAGAUCGCGAUGAAGCUGCUCUCGUUUGACGGCGGGGUCACGGUGCAGGGCGGAUUGCCGGUUCCAGUUGCGACGCCGGCGCAUGGGACAGCGUUUGAUAUUGUUGGUAAGAACCUCGCGGGCAUGACGAGUAUGCAGAAUGCUUUUGAUGUUGCGGUCAAAAUGGCGGAGAGGAGAAUUAUGAAAGAUGCUGGCGUUGCGUUUGAGAUGUCUUCUGCUAAUGAGAAGAAUAGCGUCCGUGCUGAGACCGCUGCGGUGGAAGUGCUUACUGGUUCAUGUUGCUGA